UAUCAACAAUUUACAUCUCAACCAACUAACCCCACUAUUCCUCAUGUGGUUCAAAAAGGUAAUAGUGGCGUGCAAUCAAAUGAUCAAGAACACAAAACACAACAAUGUUGCGCUCAAGAUAGCGUAGAAACUAUUAACCUUGGUGAAGAAGUUGCAUCUGCACCGGUUGCAAAAACGCCUAAACAAAGGUUCCAACAAAAAGAGGAUGAAGUACUCAUUCAAUCAUGGCUAUACGUGUCAAAGUAUUCAAUUGUUGGGGUUGAUAAAAAAGGAGAUAGUUUUUGGAACAGGAUUGGCGAAGCUUACAACAAGCAUCGUGACGCCAAUUACAAAGAGAGGGAACCAAUGGCACUUAAAGGUCGAUGGAACAAAAUUAAUCAAUUUAUUCAAAAGUUUGUUGGAUGCUAUAAAAAAGCCGUGUCUACACAACAAAGUGGGAGCUCCGAGAGCAAUAUCAUGCAAGCUGCAUAUAAAAUUUAUUUCCAAGAUGAAGGUGAAAAGUUUAUUUUUGAGGUUGCAUGGAGAUUAUUGAAAGAUGAACCUUAA